GAACAGUUGAAAGGUUGAAAGGAUUCUUGAUUCUAUUCAACGUCCACACACAACAUGCAUCCAAUGCUCUAUAUUCAUACUUCAUGAGAGAUCAUGUCACUGCCAUCGCUGCCAUUGCUAUCACUAGCAUUCAGCAUGCAUAUACACUCGCCUAAAAUUCCCUCAAUCUGAAACUCACCGAGUAGCACACAGCAUCCUACUUCAUCAUGACCACCUCCAGAGUCAUGCCUGUGGGCAGUUUGACUACUCCCCACCAUGUCGAUGUACUCGAUCCCGAUUCCUACACUGCACAAAGGUUAAAACAUGCCUCACCCGAGCACCUUCACAUGACCUCCCGUCGUUUCUUCAUCGGACCUAUUCCCGAAGGAUGGCUCAACAGCAACAGGAAGUCAUGGUACAAAAGGAGGCUAGAGCUGAGCAAUUACACCUCCCGGUCGGUCACCUUCCGCGCUGCUUCUGGUGAUUAUCAACAUCACAGGAUGAUGACUGGCUUGAAUGGUCCAUCCACAGCGGCCAGGAUGAGUUUGAGCUUCCCUCAGCCAGAAGAUGUCGAUGAUGAGCAAACUUCCCCUGGAGACACACCCUCUGAGACUGACGACGAUGAUGUGGAAAGAGAAACAAGAAAUCUUGCUCCGGUAGCUACAACCGAAGUUGGAGAAGGACUGGAUGAAGACCUUCUUCCCGAACAGAGGGAGGAUGAAGACCACGGAGCCGACGGGGAAAGCAGGCGUCAUGAUGCUGCACCUGCGCCAGGCGAUGCAACUCACAACCUAACCAAAGUAACGACCGACACAAAGUCUGUAGUGGCAGAAUCCUUCAAGACUGCGAGAGAAGAAACAGAGCCCUCUGAAGACACUGCACCUGCCAUUCAAAUCGAAACCCAUGAUAGUCCAAGCAACGAGGACCCCGAAGGCCAAGGGCCCUCUAAUCGAGCAUCCCUGCAACCUUCUGGUGCCACGAUGGAAGACAAUUUAGACGCAAACUCGAGGACUGGUCUCUUGCCCGCUGAAGACGACGCCAAAUCACGACGACAUUCCUUGAUACGCCACGAGCCAGCUCCCGUGAGCGAUACUUUACCUUACAAGCUUGGCCGUGGCAACACUGGUGUGAGGUUCAAGGUCACUGAAGGGGUGCUGCAAGGUCGUCAACGCAUCGAAAACAAAGCUGAGAGAGCCAAAGAUCGCGUAGUGCGGAAAGCCAUGCGAAGAAAUACCCUGCUCGAAGGCACCAUCGUCAAGAUGGAACUGAUGCUCACCAGAAUUGACACGACUAUCCAACAGGUUCCUGACGACUUUGACGAGAAUGAGAGCAUGAAAAUAGAAACCAGGCCGUUGAAGAAGUGGAGGGAAUUUAUGAUUGUGGCACGCAAGAGCAAGAAGCAAUCAGCUCACGAUUUUCGACUCCAGAUUUAUAAGACCAGAGUCAUCCCAGAAAUCGAUGAUGAAACAACCAAAAAGAAGCCCACCCACGAGAUUCGGCUCGACCCCAAAACAACACGUGUUAAUCUGUACUCCUCGCUCGACAAAACGGUCGUUAUUUGGCAUCCCUACAAGAAGGGCACCAGGAUCGUGAUAAUGCGCCCUUCUUCAACUGCUCACUCUGUCGAAUGGUACACUUUCCUUCGAGAUGCCUUGGGCUGGCAGCGUCCCACAACUCUCCAGGUCGAUGUACCUGAUCUGGACGUUGUUCUCAAAGUAGAGGACCCCUUUGGAGAGAUUCAUGUUGCGGGACUCGGAGCUGCCGAUGAAGAAACCGCCAUCGCUCAGACGAUAGCAGCGGAAAAGGCCGUGGCUGGCCGAAUCAUCUCGCAGUGUCUGGCAAUGCUUGAGGGAGAUCCGGAAUGGUCCAGCAUUCUCAAGUCCUGGAGUGAAACCGCAAAGAUGGGCUUAGCUUGGAAGAGAUACGACCGCUUGGAAUGGAUCUACGGCAUCAAUGAACAAAAGAUGUACGGCUCCAUGGCCAUGCAAAAGUAUUAUGACUUGGAACUGAGACCCAAGCAACAUUUCCCUACUGCGGCAUACGGAAAGAAGGGCAAGCUUCAUAACGAGCCACCACCUGUGGAAGGCUUCCUGGUUCGACUCACCUCUCAAAAAGGUGUUCAGCAGCGGUUCGGAAAGGCGUUCUUCAAGCGACUAUACUUCUCUACGCAAGAUCAGUUCCUGAUGUUCAACCGACCUGCAAAAUCGACGCCUCCGCACCCACCACGCCUUGCUACCAUUAGCGGUAGUAACAUACCCUCGGCCCACGAAAUAAUUGAGAACAUGCCAUUGAUGUUUGACGUUGAGCCCUACAAGUUACACGAUGAUCACUUGGCUUGGUUGUCAAACGCAAGUAAGGAAUCCGCAAAGAUUCAUGACCGAGACGCUGUCGAGGAAGCAAGGCGCAACAUUGCCAACCUUGCUGAUGCCGAUGGCUAUAUCAACAUGUGUAACAUCCGAAAAGUCCGCCACAUGAAAUGGGGGGCAUCUGUCGCGGACGAGGUACUGGAAGAAGGUUCAGAUUCCGACGUUGACUUUCAUGAAGACGUCAACGACACGACUGCGGACGAUGGCACUACCAAAGGCAUCGAUGGUGAACGCACCUUUGAGAUAAUGCUCGACAAUGGUCUUGUGGUUCGACUUCAAGCUUUCUCGAAGGAGACUCGUGAUGAAUGGAUCCACAGGCUCCGCAAGCUGGUCAAAUACUGGAAACUUCGGACCACCGCCGAGAUGGAUACAUACAAAGCAGUGCGCCGCGCCAACCUUGAACAGUUGAACGUUGAUGAGGAAAUGGAGGCUCUUCUAGGUCAAUUUGCCAAAAAGUGGGAGGUUGGUCGCGCUCAGGCGUCCCCUGAAUUGUACAACAUGUGUGGGAUCAGCAGUUGUCGAAGCAUCACCCUUGCUGGAUCUUUGUACAUGAAGAUGCGACGAAGAGCAGCUUUCCAUCGAGGCCAGGUUAUCCUCAGUGGAGGGCAGUUGAUCGUGUAUCAAGGAUCGGUCCGAAAAACGACAGGCGAACAGAUUCGACGCAUUCAUCAAGACAAGCAGCAGGUCAUUGACCUCAAACAUUGCUAUGUAUACAGUGGGUUGAUCGUGGAGGAUGACCUCCUUUAUCAGAACAAAACGUUUGAUGCCAAUCACCCUGGCAUGGCUGCCUUGCCACGUGUGUACCCCGAGGACGGUUGGACGAGUGCCGACAUUGACGUGAUGACAUGUUUCGUGGUGUGGAUGAAUAAAAGGAAAGGGUGGUUCCGGACAGCGGGAGCACCCAAGGACGAAAAUGAUGGCAACAAGCAGACUGGAAACCGAGCUAGGCUAAGACGAGUUCGACAGCUGGGAGUACCUGGACGAGGGAUUGUGUUCAAAUGUCGAAGCAGAGCAGAAAGAGAUCAUUGGGUCCUUAGUGUGGCCAGUGAGAUCGAGAGGGUUGUGGAGAUGGAAGCUGCGAAAUCGGGCGAGGAAGAAGUCCGAUUUGAAGCUUAAGUCUUGUCUUGCUUACCACUGUGGCUACAGUGAAAUGAAGAGGUGAUCUUGCUGGAAUUGACUAUAUAAUGACAUUACUAAUGGCCCAAGGAUGAGAGCUAUUGUUACUAUUAUACUAUUGUUAUUUGUAUUGUAAUUGUUGGGUUCUGAUCCACCGGGUGAUAGAUCAUUCAUUCCUCUUGAUUUGUUGGCUACCUAAGACAAUCCAUCGGGUACAUGUG